GUAACGCACUGGCUGACGACAACCACUACCCACAGACCGAAGUCCCUCAGGGCGCGGAGUCUAAGUCCCAGGCUGUCCUUCACCAGGGCCCCUGAUGGUGGGGAUGGACUUGACGCAGCCAGGAACCAGGUCGCGGCCCCCGAGACACCUCAGCUGCGGUAAUGGCCGCCGCCAAUGGCGUGUAGCUGGUGGAAGAGACAAAAGAGUAGUCAGACAAGCCGGGUCAACACCAACAGGACAAAACAGUACAGGACAGCAGACGAGAAUCACAGGUCACAAGCCGGGUUCAGCAACAGAGGGUCAGAUCAAGGGAGAAUACAAAGAAUAGUCAAGUCACAAGCCGAAUCAGAAUACCAGGAGAGUCACGAGAGUCAGAACAGGAGAAGGCAACAAGG